AUGCUUCUUCAAUUCUCUGUCACUCAGCCUCUGGAUGCUAAAGAUUCUACUAUUCUCAUCCGCAGCUGCACCAUUGGGAACCACCCGACUGCUGCCAAGAUGGUCGACAAAACUCCGAUUGAGAACCCCAAGAAAGACGAGACUCUCGUCAACGGUGGUAGUCUCAACGUUGCUCCGGCCUGUAUCAUCACCGGUACUCCUGGUCAGACAGACCUCAGACUUGGUCAAGGCGACGAGGCCAAGUCAGAUGGCAAAGAUAUUGUCACUGUCUUGGAGGGCAUGAAGACCUUCUUCAAUGACAAGGAGAACUGCGACGAGAAGUUCCUGUUUGCUUACUACAAACAAACCGUCGCCAGUAUCUACAUUGGCGCCGGCCUUGGAAAACCCACUGUCCAGUCGACCCUUGACGCUCUCGUUCGUCAUAUCGAUGACAACGGCUCCAUUUCCAACAAAACCGUCGUCGAACUCUGCGGCAGUGGACGGCGGCCACAGCAAGUUAUUGGUGUGGCGAUGGAUACGACCGGAGACCUUGCAGCAGUGCAAAAGACAGCCAUGCAAUGGAGCAAGGGUGUCUGCGCCAUCAGAGGCAGCAUCAAGUCUGCAGGACUGCUCCAAGGUGUCCAAGUCUUUGAUCUUGCUGGAGACGACUCUGAGCUUGUUGGAUCACAGCCAAUGCCAACUCCAGGCUCCAGUCCGACACGUCGAGGGUUGACUUCGUUGUUCAAAGACAUGUGGAAACGCGAAGAGCUGGAGAAGCGAGCUGUCUGCAAACACAUGCAAGUUGAAGAUGGAGACAGCUGCACAACUCUUUCUGUUCGCUGUGGUAUCCGUGGUGCCGAGUUUCUCAAGUACAACACCAAAGCCAACCUUUGCGCUAACCUCAAGGAGGGUGACUACGUCUGCUGCUCUGCCGGAGAUCCCUAUAAGCCCCCCGCUCCAGAGCCCAACGCUAAUAGCACGUGCAAGACUCAUCUCAUUGAGAAUAGAGACUCAUGUGACUCUCUGGCCAAGAAGAACGGCGUUACGUUUGUUAAAGACGAGGAUAUCGAUGGUAUUGAUAUUGAUUGGGAGUAUCCUGGUGCUCCCGAUAUUAUGGUUGGCGGUAAACCGAUCGGCCAGAAGACUGAUGGCCUUAACUACCUGAGAUUCCUCAUAGUCCUGAAAAACAAGAUGCCCUCGGGCAAGAUAGUAUUAAUUGCAGCGCCGGCCUCGUACUGGUACCUCAAACAGUUCCCCAUUGACCAGAUUGCCAAGGUCAUUGAUUACAUCGUUUUCAUGACUUAUGAUCUCCACGGCCAAUGGGAUUAUGGGAACGCAAAUGCCUAUGAUGAAUGCCCAUCGGGUAAAUGCAUUCGAAGCCAUGUCAAUAUGACUGAGACCAAAAAUUCUCUCUCAAUGAUUACCAAGGCUGGCGUGGAUAACAAUAAGGUCUUUGUUGGCGAGUCUAGCUACGGAAGAUCCUUCCAUAUGGCCAAAGAUGGAUGCUAUGGCCCCAUGUGCGAGUUUACUGGUUCUAGAACCGAGUCGGAUGCGAAGCCUGGGAGAUGCACAAAGACGUCAGGCUACCUUGCCAACGCCGAGAUCAAUAAGAUUCUUCUCUCCGGCAAGAUGUCUAAGGCCUUUUACGAUAAAAAUUCUCAGUCAAACGUUAUUCUCUACGAAGCCAACGACGUGCUGAGCGUCGACCUGAAUCGUCUUUGCAAGUUCGCAUGCAAAUACGGCUACUGUCCGCCCGAUAUAUGCCAGAUUGUCAACCCCAGCCCUGGUGAGGAAGAGGAAGAGGAGGAAGAUGAGCGCGUCCCAGGUGUGGUGACAGUGCCUCCCGACUAUGACGAAGACUCGGUCAAGAACAGAGACAAGAACGACAAGCAAUGCUAUAUCUAUAAGGAUGGCUACCAAGAGCCAAACCAACUCGAUGGUUGCAAGAAGGCUUGUCAAGAGACGCUAGACGAGGCUGCGGAAGAGGGCAGAACCAGUAACUACGGCUGCAUACUCUGGAGCCCUCAGAACAUGGCGCUAAUAGCAGCCGAGCUGACUAACUACGUCUACUCCAAGGGCGAGGAUCCCCUAGGCGCCUUCUCGUGGUGGUUGAGCCCAUGCGGCGGAACCGAUCUGGUGCCAGACGAGAUCAAGCAGGUCUUCGACAUUCUGAGCAACGCACCUACGGGCAAGUCGAGCUACAAGCAGCCCAAGAAGAUCAAGAAGCACAGCGGCAAGAAGGGUGACGAAGGGAAUCCCCGAUCUCGACCUAAACCUGGCACUGGCACAGGUAGCGGCGCUAGCCCCAGCACGCCCAAGCCCCCCAAGAAAAAGAAGUGCAACGUGCCCCCGAGACAGCGGACCAAGGUAAUAGCCAGCAAGAUACUUCAACUCCAAAGCUGCGACAGCAAUGACAAUAGGGUCACGGAGCAAUAUUACUUCAACACCAUGACAUACCAUUCCACAGCGACGGAACAUCUGGUCACCAAGACUUCGGCUGCAACGGCAUCCCGUGAUCGCGAAGGUGCCAAAGCGACAAACGUCUGGAGGAAGGAGCAUGACAAGUCCUGGGAGGAAGAAAAGUACCGGGAACAGGAUAAAUGCGACAGGGACGAGUGGCCCCCCGCCUACCUCCUUGAACCCGAUGGUCCUGAAAUGCUAGAGGGGGGGCAAACCAAGAAAGGCCAACGUGUGCGCUUUAUGCCCAGGGAAGAUAACAGAAAAGCCGGCAAUGUGUGGAGGGGUGUAUGCUUCCACUCGGCCCUGGAAGAACUGAAAGACGACCUGCUGGAAUACCAAAGGAUGUGCCAAACGGCCCCCAUUCUGUCAACAGGGCAGUUACCUCAAGGCAGCGGCGUAAGACACGUUAUCGAGCCCGUCAUCAACAUUCGCCCUGUUUUCACCUUCAGCGAAUACCAGCAUUCGGCAGCAGGCAACACACCGCUUCGAGAUGACGGCCUCUGGGAAAAUAAAUGCUGGCCAAGCGGCAUUGCCAAGACUGACCCUGGCUGGGCCCUGUUGUCUAUCGAUGAGUGGCACGACAAGAACCCGAAUGCAAAGAAAUGGGACUAUAAGAAACCAUACGAUCCACCCACCAACGAUUCCACGAAAGCAUUUGAGGGAAAAAAAAUGUCAGGGCGGAGCCCGUCUCCACCCGCGCCGCCUUCCAGUCCGCCCUCGGUAACGGAAUCGGAAUCCGAGUCAGAAUCAGAGUCUGAUGGCAUCCCUCACGAACCUGCCUACUCUCCCCAAGAGUUAGCGGAUAUCUUUCUCAGCUUUUACAACUUUCUGAAGACGGUUCAUUUUCAGGACGUCAAUCUCAAGCUACCACCGCCUGGUGGAUGGCCAGACCUAGUCCUGCCAUCUACCUCACAGAAGUCCGACCGUGUCUACGAAGUCAUGCGGCGUCUGCCUUACUUUGACGAUGCCCCCGAGGCCCUUCUGCACUACAAUUCGCGCCUCUACGAUUACACCCGCAUGCCUCUCGCCCGCGUCGACGAAGCAUUUGGCUUCAUGGACGAAAGUCUCAGGGAUUCUAACUCCUCGGUGAGAAGAGAGAUGGAGAUUGAUGUUUUUGAUACCUUCCCCUUCUCUGAUGGCUUUGAGAGGGGCGGAAAAGUUAUGUAUCUAAACGUUUGGGACGGCGAGAUCACGCAGGAAAGUCUUCUUAUGGACUUAAGAGAACCUGAUGAUGCCAGGUCCUACUUUGACGGACUCAGGGAAGAUUUCGAACGCCUGAGGCUCAUCCCUUGUUACAACAGAAGCAUGAUUGAGGCCAAAAGAGUUCCAGAGCAUAGUGGAACGAUUACCGAAGAACAAAUCGCGGCUCAGUCGGAAGAAUGGGGGACUGACCUGGAUGUUCAGUAUAUCAGGCAACUCUACAGGGGUUUCGGAUGGCCUCAUGCUUUUCGUAAGGACGAGGCUAUCGGGGCGGUUGACCAGCUGAUGGAGAAAAUCAAGGACAAGCGCGGUAAAUGGGAGUUUAUGUGGAGCAAUAGAAACGGCUUAAAUUAG